UUAUUAGUGAAAUAACCAUUAAGCAAAUCGUUUUUAUUUUAAUUGCUACGUUUUAACAUAAAAUUUUUUAAUUUUAAAAGUUAUCAAAAAAAUUUAAAAAUUAAAAUAUGAUUGCAACUUUUAUUUUUUGUUGUUUAUUCAUAUGCAGUAACAUUAAAAAUGGACAAUCGAAUAAUUCCAUUGUCAAUAAAAUGAAUCACUUGUUCAAGCAAAAGUUUUGGAAAGAAUAUUUAAAAUUGCCUGCUAUUAAUAUUGAGAAUAAGUAUCAUCAUUCAGUUAAACCUGGAGAACGAAACAUUAAAAUAGGAAAUAGAAAAAUACGAGCAGUUUAUUUGAUAAUACAAUAUUACUAUUCUUAUAUAAUUCGUGAAAUUGUUUUUAUGUUUAAACGUCAAUUACAGAAUAAAGUUUCACAUUUUGAGUAUAAAAAUAAUCUUAAUAAUUUAGAUACGACUUUUUCAAAAAUUAAAAGCUCACUAGGAUUGUUAUUUAUUUAUUAUAACGGAAAUGAUCUUCCAACUAUUGUUCAAAUAUUGAUAGACACUUUCGAAAAUAAAAUAAAUAAUGCUUACAAUAAUUCUUUGAAAUCAAAAAAUAAUGAUGAAAUUAUUGAAAUAAGGAAAGAACUUUUGAAUAAUGUCACUAAUAUAUUGGUCCAGUUGGACAACUUCCUAAAAGAUGUUUAUGAUAUUUUUCCAGAACCCUUUUUUUGGAGAUAUAAAGAUUCAGAAAAGAUUGGAAUGGAUUCUGAAUAUUAUGCUCUUACUGGACCGAUUUCUUUCAACAAUACGUCAAAAGAUCACAAAUCGUAUCUAGUUGAAGACAUUACCCUUAAAAAUUGAAAAAUUUUCCCUCGUUCCCUGCAAAUGGGGGAAAUAUCCAAAAAAAUUACAAAUUUAAAAAUCGGUAAAUUAUACCAUUUUUUUCACUUUUUUUUCUUAAAACUUCCAUAACUUUUCGAAAAAUACACUAAUCAACAUAAUUUUUUUUUAUACUAAAACCUUAGAUAUUUUCCUUUCGUUUGAUAUAAUUUUUUUUGAAAAUCUAACACUUAACCUGCUCAUGGGGGGGAUUUAAAAUAGAAACUUUUUUACAAAAACUAACUUUUUCAAGUUAAUUUUUGAAAA